UUGGUGGCAGUUGCUGUAGUUCCUGGUUUCUGUCUGGGGAGGAGCUGAGUUUUGCCACCUGUCACAGUCCUGCAGGUGUGGCAUGUCCCCAGAGCUGCCAGCAAGAUAUGAAUUGGGAACAGUCAAGCAAUGCUGGAAGAGCAGGGAGCCCAGCAUAAUUGCUAUCAAGAUCAUGUAAACGGCCAGUUUUCUGAGGUUCCCAGGAACCUCAGGCUCAUGCCAGUCCCACUCCGCCCACGCCUGCAAUGGGAUGAGUCUCUGAGUCCCUUGCGGAUUAGCGUGGGCAGCCUCCCAGUGCUGGCGUCGAUGACCAAGGCAGCUGAUCCUCGCUUCCGCCUGCGCUGGAAGGCCAUUGUGGCAACUUCUCUGGCCUUGGCCCUUGUGCUGCUACUACUCUGCUUCCAGCGUACACCCUCAGUAGGCAGGCCAGUGCCUGCCAAUGCUCAUAACUGGCGGAUCAGUGUGCUGCCCAGUGAACGGUACAAUGACACAUACCCUCUGUCACCAGCCCAGCGGAUCCCUGAAGGUGUGAGAUAUCGCAUCGGACUCAUUGCUGACCUGGACACAAACUCCAAGGCCCCCAGUGAGCAUACCUGGUUCAGCUACCUGAAAAAGGGUUACCUGACACUGUCAGCCAGUGGAGAUCAUGUCUCUGUGGAGUGGGAUACCAAGGAUCAUGUAUUGGAGUCACACCUGGCUGAGAAGGGACGUGGCAUGGAGCUCUCUGAACUGGUAGUCUUUAAUGGCAAGCUGUACGCUGUGGAUGAUCGUACAGGAGUUGUCUACCAAAUUGAUGGCACCAAGGUGGUACCUUGGGUGAUCUUGUCAGAUGGAGAUGGCAGCAUUGGCAAGGGUUUUAAAGCAGAAUGGUUGGCAGUGAAGGAUGAACAUCUGUAUGUAGGAGGCCUGGGCAAAGACUGGACAACAGCCACAGGGGAGGUGCUCAACCAGAAUCCUGAAUGGGUGAAAGUCAUUGGCUACAAAGGUGAUGUGGCUCAUGAGAACUGGGUGGCAAAUUAUAAUGCACUCAGGGCGGCAGCCGGGAUCAAACCCCCAGGUUACUUGAUCCAUGAAUCUGCCUCCUGGAGUGAAACACUCCAGCGCUGGUUCUUCCUGCCUCGCAGGGCUAGUCAUAAACGUUACAAUGAACAGGAGGAUGAACAUCGUGGCACCAAUUUACUUCUUAGUUCAACACCAAACUUUGCCGAUAUCACUGUGAGCCAUAUUGGUGAUAUCACUCCCACCCAUGGCUUCUCCUCCUUCAAGUUUGUUCCUGGCACCGAUGACCAGAUCAUUGUGGCGCUGAAGUCUGAGGAGGAUGCCGGACGCGUGGCUACCUACAUCACAGCCUUCACCCUGGAUGGGCGUUCCCUAAUGCCUGAGACCCACAUUGGUUCUGUGAAAUAUGAGGGCAUUGAGUUUAUUUAGUUGAGAGGAUGGACAUUUCGAGAUAGAACAAGUGGACUAAGGGAGCAUGGGGGGGUGGUCUCUCUUGGGUAUCUUCCUCUAAUUGCAGAGCAUGAUGGGAUUAGGCAGUGGCAUAGUUUUCAUCACCAUAAAAGCAACUUUCUUACUGCACAUGUGGCCUGGCUGUUUCUGUGCCACCGCCUAGUGGUGCAACCUGGGCAGUGCCUCUGCAGUUUACUUUUCUCUGCUUCAUGGCAUCCUCCAAGGAAUUUGUCUGGCUUCCAUCUGUUUCCCUGCUUUGCUCAACUAGUCAGGUGGGCAUAUGUGAGGAAGAAUGGGCUUGGUUUUCUUCCUACCCUGCUCCAUCUCCCUCAGCUCUUAUUUACUAUGAUUCACAUGUGCCUUGCUGGGAAGGGGAGGUUUUGGCACCUGAUUCUUCAGCAAGGUGAUUAUCCAGUUACUGAGAUUAUCCAGUUACUACCUUCAUCCUCCCCACCUCAUCCCACAAUCGUGUUGAUAUUGAUUGGAUAGGUGUUUUUCUGAUGGGACUAGGCUUCUGAUUUGGGAACAGGCCCUCCCUCAGUAGGGAGGGGAUAACUGCAUAACUGGGCCUUGUUGUGCUGGAGCUAGGGGGUAUUGGUCUGAGGCAGAAGGAUAUUUGAUGCACUUUGUGUCAUUUGUAAUUUUGGGAAAUGAUAUUCUAAAACACUGCAUGCACGUGCUCAAAAUGCCAUAAGCUAUCUUUUAGAGUGAAUUCAGUGACCCUAAAUACUUCAGAAGAUAGGUGUAGGAACAAUCGAUCCUCUGUUGUUUGGAAGUCAUUAUUAGAGAAGUCUGCUCUCCGUAAUCAUGCUCCUGUUUUAAUGUCAUAUUUUUCAAAAAGGGGUAGGGUGGGAUUUAGGGACAGGAAGCCAAAAUACUAUAUUGAAAUUAGAAUAAAUGGAAUGCAUUUUUUUGAAUGUGUGUGUUCCUUGGUCUCAUUGUGCAAUGGGAAGGGGGAACACAGCUCUGUGGUCUUUUUCCUGGGCAGGGUCCCUGAAAGCAGCCCAAGUAUGGUGUGUACUCCUUACAGUCCAUUAUCAAUGACCUUUUCCAGUCCAAGAGCCUGUGAUACCUUGCUGUUCUAAUGGCUUCUUGUUUGGGCCACAAGUCCUAAUUUUACAGGAAAUGUACUUAUUUCUUGCCAAGUAGACUUUUCUAUGUGUGUAUGAGACUUAUGAAUCCACUUGGGAGGAAUUUAGGCUAUCAACUAUCCCAAAAGUACUUUUAGUUUAUAUGAUAACAUACAUUUUUGUAGAAAUGUUCUGUUGCAAAAUAAUGUUCUGUUGCAAAAUAAGUGACAUCAGCAUUGCUCACCCAAGUCAGAUAUUCUCAAAAUGCUCUCCACCCCAUUCAUUUGGUUUAUCUGUACCUAGCUGCUGAAUCAGUUAUGGGAUUGUGUUAAGAAAGAUAAACCGCUAGAUGGCAGCACUCAGUUGUUGCACAGUCAGGUGGUUGUUUCUCAGCUCCUUCAACCUUCCCUGCAAAGAUGGGGGGGAGAAGGAGUGUCGCAGUGUUUACAUCAGCUAUGUCAAGCCAGAUCAAUGUGUUCUGUUAGUUUUUACUGUUAAAUAUUAAUAACAUUCAAAUAACACUGUAAAAUAUAAAGCUUAAUUCAGGAUAAAAAAUAAAUGAGUUUGGCAUUCAAAAUUUAA